UCAUAACAUCAGGACUCAGCUGAAGCGAGCCGGGUCCUCAGUCAUGGCUCUCCUGUCCGUCCUCACACCUGUCCUCGCUCUGGUCCUGUGCCUGGUGAUAGGCUUCUUGUUUCUGAGAUCUAGGGAUGCAGAGACCACCUCCAGAGCCCCAGCACAAACCAAAGGGACCUCCAAAACAGACUUUAGACCCUGGGUGGACCAAGACUUACUGGAUGAUACAGAAAUUACAGCAGCAGGAGGAGAUGAGGAUGAGUGGGUGGAUGGAGAUGAUGAUGAGGAGUUUGCACAUGUGCCCUACUCACAUCCUCGUUACCCUGAGGAGACGAUGCUUCAGAGGUCCGAUAAUUUUUACUCCCUGAUGAACCAGCGGCGGUCUGUUCGAUUCAUCAGCUCUGAGCCGGUCUCGAGAAAAGUCAUCGAUAACAUCAUUCUUACUGCAGGAACAGCACCCAGCGGAGCCCACACAGAACCGUGGUCGUUUGUUGUGGUGUCAGAUCCCAAGACGAAGCAUCAGAUCAGACUGAUAGUGGAGGAAGAGGAGGAGGUGAACUACCAUCAGAGGAUGGGGGAUAAGUGGGUCAAUGAUUUGUCCAAACUCAGGACAAACUGGAUUAAAGAGUAUCUGGAUGUUGCUCCAUACCUGAUCCUUAUCUUUAAACAAGCAUAUGGGAUUCUACCAAAUGGCAAGAAAAAGACACAUUAUUACAAUGAAAUCAGUGUCUCCAUAUCCUGUGGAAUACUGCUGGCUGCCUUACAGAACGCGGGACUUGUUACCGUCACAUCGACACCCCUCAACUGUGGCCCCCAGCUCAGGCUCCUUCUGAAACGGCCCGCCAACGAGAAGCUGCUGCUGCUGCUGCCUGUGGGUUAUCCUGCUGCUGACGCCACCGUGCCAGACUUGAAACGCAAACAUCUGGAUGAUAUUAUGGUGCACAUCUAA